AUGGUUUCACUCGCAUCACAUACCUACAAUAUGUUAAAUAAUAUUAGCGAUAGAGAAGAGGCCGAUUUCCCACUCUAUCCUGAUCCACAGAACAUGUUCUCGCCAGCUUUUCCGUUCAUGCAAAACAUACAGAUGGAGAACAGCUAUCCAAGGAACUUCGAGGGAUUUCCUGCUAGCUCGCCGUUCAAUUCGACAACAAUGUAUGCAACCGAAGCGCCCCAAUACCUAGAGUCUCCAGAGUUGAGAGGAGCGCCAUCAAAUUACUCCACCGCCUCAGGAGCAUCUGCUGCUUCCUCGGCAGUGGGCUCACCACACUCGGUCAACGGUCACAAUGUCCCAAUCCCAGAAUGGGCACCACAGGGUCUGGGUUUAAACCCAUCGAUAGUCGGAUACGAUAGUUACCCCUCAGGCAACGAGUACUCCUUCACACCUUCAGGUAUGGAAGAAUUCGAUUUGAAUUUCAAUUCAGCCAAGCCAAAUGGCUUUGUUGGUGAGUGUCAAAAAGUCUCUAGAUCUCGUCAGCACGGUUCGAUCUCAUCACAUUGCGAGUCUCUUUCUUCAUUGUCUACUUUUGUCCCUUCUCCAAGUACCUUGAGUUCGCCCUUCGACGACCAGAAGAGUGUGCCUUUCAAUUCAGGGUCAAUGGCUUCACCAGGUACACCCGCCAGCGCGACAAAGGAACCUAGAGAUGACUGGUUCAAAUCUCCUAAUUCGGCGCUUUCAAAUUCCCCUACCUUUUCGUGGCGACCUUCUCAAGCUCUCAGCCCAUCACGCUUCGCCUCAACGAGUUCCGCCGGCCGGCCUCAAGAUUUGCGAUCCCCCGUUUCUGCUGUCUCGCAAUCAUCGAAUCAGUCAUUUGCCGCAUAUCAUCCAUCUCCUUUCUUUUCUCAGUCUAGCGGCAAUUUUGUGCCUCCUCUUGAAUCAUCCUAUCCUUCCAUCCUGCACCCUCAAUAUAUUGGACGGCCACCUUCCACGGCUCAAUCCAAUGAUGCCUAUCAGCCACCUGCUUAUCCCGGUUCGCCUUCCCUGUCGCAAAUGUCAAGGAGCCCUCGGCCUGUCAGACAGGGCAGCUCAUCUCCAUAUUUAAACACACAAUAUGGAUAUCCCUACCCACCACCAAGAAGACCAUCAUUGGCAUCACACCAGUCUUAUAGUAGUCAAGAUGGCUACAGCGGUGAAGAUGCAAAGGAGAAAGGACGUUGCACAUACCCAGAGUGCGGAAAAGUAUUCAAGGACUUGAAGGCGCAUAUGUUGACGCACCAAACCGAACGUCCUGAAAAGUGCCCCAUCCAGACUUGCGACUACCACAUCAAAGGCUUUGCACGAAAGUACGACAAAAAUCGACACACUUUGACCCAUUACAAAGGGACAAUGGUGUGCGGCUUCUGCCCGGGUUCUGGAUCAAACGCCGAAAAGUCAUUCAAUCGCGCUGAUGUUUUCAAGAGACACUUGACCUCAGUCCACGCGGUUGAGCAGACUCCUCCCAAUUCCCGGAAGAAGACUUCUAGCAACAUCAACAACGGGAAAGCGCUUUCAGGAUACGCACCCGAUGCCACUGGCAAGUGUUCAACCUGCUCGGCUACUUUUAGCAAUGCUCAAGACUUCUAUGAGCAUCUGGACGACUGUGUGCUCCGAAUUGUCCAACAGGAAGAGCCGUCCGAGGCGAUCAAUGCCGCGCGUCUCGCAGAGGUGGAGCAGGAUCAGGCUGUGCAUGAUACUCUGCGCAGCAAUCAACUGCCAACUACCACCCAAAACAUGUACUCAGCAGAUGAGGAUGAAGAUGAGGAUGAGUUUGACGACGAGAACGAUGAUGAUUUUACCCUCCGAUCAAAGGGAUCACGAAAAGACCGUGGGAGCAGGAAUCCUGCCCAUGGCGUGCAAAAGUCACGCGGACUCACGCACUCCAAGGGAGGCGUGACGUUGAAGUCCAAGGGUCGCAAGAAGCGCAAGGACUACCCUUCAUCCUGGGGCUGCCCUUCUGCACAGAUGAAGCUGAAGAAGCGCGUUUUGUGCGUGUUUGACGGGCCGCGUCGUCUCUGGAAAGAUGACAUGAUGCUCGACACGAACUAUGAGGUCCGUAUGAAGCUCAACGACGAUAAGGCUUAUGUCACAGACCUGGAUGUUCAGACGAUGCGCCGAGCAAAUGCCUUCCAUAACUCUACCGAGGAGGAGAAGGGUCCCUGGAUCGCUGAUGACCUUACUGGUAUUAACCGUAUGGAUUUGGAGAAGCUGAUGGAGCUUAAGCAGGAGCAAUAA